AUGGACAGAGUUUCGACCUGGUUCGACAGAAACCAAAGAUUAUCAGGAUACCCCGAUGCCGUUCGUGUCACAGGACGGGAAUCCUCGCAGGCUUUGACAUCGGCGAUCACUCACGCGAGGCCUUGGAGUGUCCUGUUAUCAUGUUACGAGCGAGGCGUCGCACCACCGUCCUCGACUCCCCCGCAUGCAUCUGGCGGCAGCUGGAGAAGAUUGAACAGAGAAAUUCCAGACCCGGAUUUGGAUAGCGCCUUGUGGAGUCAGCUGCCGGAGAGCAUAGUCCUGUUAAUUCUCGCAUGCUUGCCCAUCCAGAGCUUGGCGAAAUGUAGGCUCGUUUGUAAGAAAUGGUGCUCGCUCUGGAACGAUCCUCAAUUCUUAAGCAUUCGAGGCCAUCACGGUCCAAAAGAGAGGUCGUGGUUCAUCUACAAUUGCCAGCACGUCACCCUCCGCAGCUCCUUCGUGCAUACGAUCUGCUUCAAUCCGGCUCUAAACCGGUGGCACUCUUUGAAAUUGGCUUCGAUGGCAGAUUCCCCUUGCACUAGCUCGGUUGCUGUGGCAACAUCCGGCGGUCUCGUGCUCUGCGCCUCUUACAACACCAACUCUUUCAGCUUCUCGGGAAACGGGCAAAUCGUGCAAACGCUGAGAGCAUGGGCGACAUUUACGGCCUCAUCUUCCAGCAAAACCUCGAUCAAUUGGUUCGUCUGCAACCCUCUGAGAGCGAAUAGCUGGAUCAAGCUGCCACCAAGGCCCCGGCGAGUGGGGCUCGAGGAUCGCAUACAGCUCGAGCUGAUCGGAAUCAUGCGAGGAUCGCAGCACUUGAGCUCUGAUCGGCCCACUUUCACUUCCGCGGGGCUGAUUGCGGACACCGCCACGGGGUCUUUCACGGUGGUGCUGGCAACUCCUCUCACGACCGAAGUGUUCGAUUCUCGCACAGGCCGCUGGAAAUUGCUCGUCAGGAGUCUGCUGCCGCACCAGCACGCGUACGCCAACACGCGGACCAUAAGCUACCAGGGGCUGCUGCUGUCCGUGGGCGUUUCCAAGCUGAGAAUCAACAACAGCGCAUGCUCUGUGGUGUUCUUCGAGCCGGAGAACGAGGUGUGGCGCGAGCUGAAAUUGCCGGGCUUCCUAUCGCCCAACAAGAUCUUGUCGAUUCAGCUGGAAAGCUGCGACGGGCGUCUGAUGCUGCUGGUUCUCAUGGGCCCGUGGACGAACGCCUGGUCGUCGACUUCCGUCUCGUACAACGCGGCCACUCCCAAUCCGCUCGAUUUCGAGGACUCGCGUCUGUGCGUUUGGGAGCUGGUCGGCGACGACCUCGGGGCCGGCGCCUGGAGGGAGGUGUGCUCGCACUUGCUGCAGGAGGUUCGGGACCUUGCGGCCAAUGUGCAAGCGGAGGCCGGCGCCAAGCUGCUGGCAGCCACCUCCUGCAGAGACCUCAUCUGCUGCACGCUCACCGACCCCAUCCUCUCACAGAGCGUGCAAUUGCUCUACAGUCCCUUCUACAACACUUGGUUCUCGGUGGAAGAUCGUUUUGCAGACGAGCAUUUGUUCUGCAGCAUUACGGAUUUUCCCGAACCCAACAUCCGCUUCCAUCCCAGGCUCGAGGCAUCUGCGUGUGUCACUCCAAGCGCUGCUCGAGUCUGA